AUGAAUUGCGAAAUACUGCCGCAGGACAUCCAAUCAUUAUUGGAAUACUUCGCCAAGAACAUGUACCGCGCGAAGGAUUGUGAAAAUGGCAAUGACGUUAUGCACCGGUGUAACGUACUACUCCAGCAGGACUACAGCGUAAUCGAGAUCAGCAACACUACCGGUGAACUAUCCUCACACUAUCCCAGCACGCUGCUGAUACCGGAGUACGAAUACAAGAACCUCUCCAGCAGCUCAGGCAAUAAUACUCAGGCACCAGCCGGCGGUUCCAACAAUGGUUUCGCAAGCAUUAACGAUUUUCUCACCCGUUCGGGGCCGCCGAGCGCUCAGCAACAGCAACCACCACCGUCUGCACCAUCCGCCGGUCCGGGACAGCAAACCAUCUACGAAACGACGUACGAUGGUAACAAGCUGCGCGAUCUUAUUAACAAAGCCCGAUUCGCCCGCUGCCGGGCCCGGUUUCCGUUGCCGGUCAUACUGUACAAGGGCAAGUACAUUUGCCGUUCGGCCACGUUGUCCGGAGGGCCGGAGAUUUAUGGACGAUCCGGGUUGGAUUACCUCUUCUAUAGCCUAGAUUCAACAGCUACCUCACCAACGCUAGAUGAGGAAGCGUACGAAGCUCGCGAAACCUCGCUGCCCGAGGACACAUUCGAGGAACCGAUCACCAACAGCGACUGGCAGCUGUUCGAUCGGGUCCGCAGCCAGGACAUUAAGCUGCUCAAGACGCUAAACGUCGGUACGAUAGUGGACUUCAUGGUCGAGAAGAAGAAGGUAAAGUUCGGCAUGAACGUCACGUCCUCGGAGAAAGUGGACAAGGAGAAUCGGUACGCCGAGUUUAAGAUUAUCUCACUACCGUACCCGGGUUGCGAAUUUUUCCGCGACUACCGUGACAAUAACUAUUCCGGCGAGGGGCUCGUCUUCGACUGGUCGCAGGCCCACGUUGAUGCCAAUAUCGGUGUACCGGACGAUACGGUAACGGCACAGCUGCAGAUCGAUUGGGAAAACUACAAGGAUUGGGAUCUGGUAAAGAUCACACAAAACUAUCUGAAGCUUCUGCUACGCUACCUGCAGGAUAGCAGCUCGGGAUUGCUGAUACACUGUAUCAGCGGGUGGGAUCGGACACCACUGUUUGUGUCGCUGUUGCGUCUGUCACUGUGGGCCGACGGUGCCAUCCAUCAGUCGCUGAGUGCGGCACAGAUCCUUUACUUUACCAUCGCGUACGAUUGGUUGCUGUUCGGGCACAAUCUGCCCGAUCGUUUGAACAAAGGCGAGGUGAUAUUUUUCUUCUGCUUCUAUGCCUUAAAGUAUAUCGCCGAGGAUGAGUAUAGCAUUUUGGGACAACGUUAUAAAAGUAAACACAGCAGCGGUAGUAGCAGUAUAGGAGUGAUACGAACCGAUAGCGAAUCCAUGCUGGACGGUAUACUGCUUGAUGGGGAAAGCAGAGGCUCGAGCGUUUCCCUCAACUCCACGUGCAGUUGUCUGAGUGGUCGAAGCUCGUCCCAGCACGAUACGCAAACGUGCAUCAGUGUCGGUGCGAACGGGACAGUUAAUACGCCCGGUAGCGGUGGUGGGAUUAAUGUAACGAUCGGUGGCUCCAGCAUCCAUCAUCAUGCUACGAGCGGUAGCCGCCCGAUUGUCGGUGUUCACAACUCUCAUGACGACAGUUUGAAUGCAAGCAAUGGCAAUGGCUGGUUAGCGCAUAGUCACGAUAGUAAUAGCAGUAUUGGAUGCAUAUCGAACGAUAGUACUUCUAAUCUCAGUAAUCAUUGCGCUUGGUCACCGCAACCGAAAAGAACUAGUCCUGUCUCGGUGCCGGUGGCGAGCAGAUUAAGACAGCGACAGGAGUCUACGUCCUCGUUGUCGGUGGGUAGUUGGCAGAUGAUUUCUGGAACCGGAAGCCUUCGCAGUACAGACUCGGCAACGGAACUGCAUCAUGCAGUGCCAAACAACCAUCACCACCAACAAAAUCAUCAUCAUCAUAAUCAUCACUAUCACCACCACAAUCAUCAACAGCAACAACACCAGCCACCGUUCCACCAUGUAUAUAGUAAUGUUUAUGGUAACAAUCAUGUCGGAUGUAGUGGAACGACUGGAGAUACGACCGCGACAACGCCUAAUGCUAAUCAGCAUCAUCAUCACGGCUCGGGACAUGUUCCUCCCUGUGCUGGCCCCCAUUUGCAUCAUCAGCAACAAUCGCAGGACUCCAGCUGUUGCACGAUUCUGGAUGAUGAAUGUUUCAGCUCGUCCUACAGUCACGAUUUCUACGCCAUGCGUCGUGAACGAUUGAAUCAAGUGCGAACAUUAUUCUACAACUGCUACUACUCGACAAUCGCAUUCAAAUUCAAAUCGGUACCGGACUCGGCGCUCGGUAGUCUACUAGGGAACUUUGCCGAAAAGGUUGGACUAGCCCAUCGUACAUCGGUUUAG